AUGCCUUUUCAAUCUCUUACGUACAUUGAUUUAACUGGUGUAGUAUUAUGUUUUACCAUAUUUUUGUUAUUUCUUUAUAUACUUUCUCUUAUUAUUAAUUAUACAUUGGUAUUGGAUGACGAUGAAGCAACUGAAUUUGAGAAAUUUGGAGCUAAUAAUAAUUUCAAAUUUGGAAGACGCCCACUUUCAGUAGUAAAAUACAAAGUUCACAGAUAUAAUAAAAUGUUAGCUGAAAAAGGAUACUAA